CUAUAACACACGACUCAGACAGACAAGUAGUCUUUAGAGCGAGACACAGGAAGCAACGCGAGGAGGCAUUACCCGUCGUUAAAACUUUAAUUUCGAUUUGACUACAGCGUGAUUAUCCUGCGUUAAAAUAAAUAAAUAAGAUCUAAGCUGUUCACGUUUGGUGAAAGUUAUGGAGCUGCUCUUACAGAUGUUGGAUAAAACUUAAAUGAAGAGGAAACCACUCUCAGUGCCGGGGAUUGCCAUCACCGCCUCGCUCCGUGUCUCGACGGCUUUAUUCAAAGGUUUUUUGUUUUACUGGAUUUUACUGGAAGAGAUUUGUUUAAGGACGAAUUUGAAGCAUCUUUAAUACAGAUAUAUAAUCGACUCGGUUGAUGGUCACAGUUUAUGUCAGAAAACUAGAAAUGGAAAUUCCUCUGACAGAUUUCUAGGCUCUGGGUAAGAGCAAGUCAAUGAUGAUCCCAAACUAUACAUGUGAAAAUGUCACAGACAUCGAAGUGCAAAAGAACCCUGGGAACCUGGUGGUCAGUGCCAUCAUGUUUCUUGCUGGUGUGGUGGGCAAUCUGCUAGCUCUGGCUAUUCUUGGGGUCCACCAAAAAGAACGACGAACCAAAUCCUCGGUCUUCUGCAUCUUAGUAACAGGACUUGCGGUAACGGAUCUGGCAGGGACGUGCUUGCUGAGUCCACCGGUUUUUGUGUGCUACGCUCAUGCUAUCUCCCUGGUGGGCUUAACUGGCAACAUGGUUCUCUGCAGCUCCUUUGCCUUUGCCAUGACCUUCUUUGGCCUGGCAUCUAUGCUGAUCCUGUGUGCCAUGGCAGUGGAGCGCUGCCUGGCCAUCAGCCACCCAUAUUUCUACUCCAAGCAUGUACGAAGGCACUUCGCUAAGGUUGCACUCUUCCUUAUCUACCUUUUCACAGGUGUCUUCUGCAUGCUGCCCAUCUGUGGUAUUGGCCGCUACAAACAGUACUGCCCUGGCACAUGGUGCUUUAUAAAAAUGGAGGCUGCUGGUGAAGGUGAAGAAGAAGAGAGACGCACGCUCGCCUUCUCACUCUCUUAUUCCCUGCUAAUGGCCUUGCUCAUUACUAUUGUGUUUGUGUGUAAUGGCUCAGUCAUCGUCAGUCUGUGCCGUAUGCACCGCAGUCAGAUCACACGCCGAGGAUCUGUGGUCUCAGCUGGACGCAAGAAAAGGCUUAGCACCUGGUUUGGCCAGGGUGAGGAGGAAAUGGACCACCUGGUGCUGCUGGCCUCUAUGACUAUCAUCUUCGUCAUUUGCUCCUUGCCUCUUACUAUCUUUGGCUUCGUCAAUGCCAUCAGCCCGGUAGGCAAUGACCAACAGAACCUUCUGGCUUUCCGUUUCUCUGCCCUCAACCCUGUGGUGGACCCCUGGGUCUUCAUCAUCUUCCGCAAAUCCAUCUUCCAGCAUGUACGUGCGCUCUUAUAUUGCCGCUUCAGCAAGGCAGCAGUGAAGAACACAGCCCCAGAUUGCUUCUCGCACCGCUUAGAGAGUAUGGUGCCUGCAGAGUCCACUGCUCUCCAAAGCAAAAGUUACUGUGGCAUGCCUCAGUGAGAGCCAGCAGCAACCACUUUAACUUGAUCAGGGUCAUUGUGGAUUCAGAACUUAUUUCAUAAACACUGGGCAUGAUGUAGGAAUACACACUGGAUUGGAUACAAGCCCAUCACAAAACAUCAUAUAUAUAUACAUAUAUAUAUAUAUAUAUAUAUAUACACACAUGUAUUCACACACACACCCAAUUUUGUCUCUAAUCCACCUACUGGCAUGUUUUUGGUAGGUGAGAGGCAACCAGAGCACCCAGUGGAAACCCCCUAUGGACUUGGGGGAGAACAUGCAAAACUAGAGCUCAAUAAUGGACCAGGAGACAUUGAUCUGGACACAGUGAGGUGCCAAUGUUCGCACUAUCCACCCUUUUUUGAACCAUUAGGAGACUUCAAAAAAAGGAAAACUUCGUUAAAUACGUAUUCAGAAACUACUAUACAGAAAAAGAAGAAGGAGUUCUGUAUAAAAUGGUGGAUUGUAUCUACAACAGGAAAGAUGUAGGAUUGGGCCUUCUUAAGGCCUGUGUGUGCACAAACCAUGAUUGAUCUAGAUAUGACUAGAUAUUCAGAACUAUUAUUGCCUACAAUAAUAUUCUGUUUAGAAAGCCAGUAGUGUAUCAUUAAUAAAGACGGAAGGUUUAUCAUGAUAAUUAAAUAUUUAUUAGCACUCACCUGUCAUUAUAUUAGGGACACCUGUACCCCUGCUUUUUCAUGCAAUUAUGCAUCCAGGCUGCACAAUAAAUAGUUAUACAUAUGAACCCGCCAUAGUCAGAGUCACUGAUAUUAUUUUCCCUCAUUCUUAGGUUUGAUGCGAAUAUUAUCUGAUGCUCUUGACCUGAAUGCUCCUUCCAUGUGAUUUUAUAAUUGCUUGAAUGUGUAGAUUUACAGGUUUUCUUAAUUAGAUUAAGAGAGUGCAUAUGUCACUCGAUCAGUGCAACAACAUUCCUUCAUCUUCAAGACAGUAAUUCUGUAGUCAUUUUUGAUGCCCUCAUUUCCAACAGAAUUUUAAGUACACCCUGCAUAAACUAUGGUAUGUUUGGAUAUUUGUGAAUAUUUCUCAGCUCGAUUUGUAAUCGUCUUAAUGUGCAUUUGUGUAUUUGCACUUCCCCGCCUUCACAGUGAAUGUAGGUGUUAUUUUUGCGUUGUCUCAUUUCAUUUCAAGGCAACCAUCACAUCUAUUAACCACCUGGACCAGGUAAUACAUCUCAUGGGAGUUUUACUAGGAUCGAAACUAGAUUCUGCAUUAAGCUAGAAACCAAGUGAAGUGUUGAAAAUAUUGCUUUUUUCUGUGUAAGCAAUGUUGAUUGGUUAUGCAUUGGUUGUGAAACAACAAAUUACACCGAAUCGUAACAUAAAAUCUUGCUAGAGUUAUGAGAUUUCUUAACCUUGAGGAAUUUCCUGUCAUUGUUUGUUUUGUUUUUUUUUUAAUACUGAGCUUCAAAGGCCUGUGUGUCUGCAGCUCAGCCACAUUACCUUCUCAUUUUAACCUUUAAACAGUAUUGUGUGAAACACAUCCAUGAAUAUUCAGUAUCUUCUUAAUUAUACGAAUUAAAUCUAACCAAUAGCUUAUAAUAUCAGUCACAAUCGCCCAUCUUCAUUUAUUGAAACCACAUGUUGAAAGUUUUUCCAGGGGUUGUUUUUAUUCGUCUUUCUCAGCACAGACAAAAAUUUGCACUUUCCGUUAGCUGGUCACUCGGUCUCUGUGGUUCGUUGUUUGUAAUGUGACAAAGAAAAGGUUUUUAAUGCAACAUGUGGUAUCAAUAAUUUAUGUUGUUUAAAUCGUUAAAAUCAUUUUUGUGGUGUUUGAACCGUCUCAGAUUUGCCUGAACUUCUCUUUUAACUUGUGGUACAUUUAUAAUUCAUAGUCAGUCUAAAUCAAAGUGCUGGACAGAUGCUUUCAGAAGCGUUCCGGGCCCAAUGCAAAUGCUUAAUGGGAAUUACAAAUACAUGGCAUGCUGUAAGCAGGAGAUACUUUUACCUUCCAUAUUUGGCUGUUGGAACAUUUUUGCUAUCACAAAUGUGUCCUGCUAUUUUUGUAUACACAGCGUUUGAGGAAAUGGUAGGCAUUAAUAUCUGCAUUUGAAAGCUUUUCUCCCAAACAUUCAAAACAGACACAUCGUACCCUGUAGAUACAGUCGAGGUUAUGUAGAUAACAAAUUUCCACUGUUUUAGUAAAAUAUAACAACCACUUGCUGUCACACGUCAGUGUAAACCUGGUUAUCUAUGAAAUAUUCUAGAGAUGUUCUUAUUUGUAACUUAUAAAUGCAUUUUUUGGUGUGUGUGUGUGUGUUUGUUAAGGAAAUCCUCAGUGGUGUAUAUAGCAGUGAAGUCUUUGUAUGUACAUUAAAUGCUCCAUCUGGUUUUUGUGAGUUUUGUGUGCGGUUCUCUUUUUGAUUUGCACUCAGCUCUUCUUUUUAUUUUUUUUUCUCAGUCAGUGUUGCAAAAGAGAGAUUUUACUUGUUCCAUCAUGGAGAGUUGUAAAAUUAAUAAACAC